AUGUCUUCAAAGUCGAAAAACGCUAAAGGCGAAUUAUUUGAUGAAAUGGUGAGCUCUAUUCUUCCCUCGUACUCAAUGUUCACGUCUACUGUUGGUGUCAAUGCUACAGUACCAGAAUCGGAUCGUGAUCAAGAAGAUGAGAAUUAUGUUCCACCACCAAAUUAUGAUUCUGCUAAUACCGACUAUCAAUAUAGCAUUGCUUCUUCAAACACAGCUGCUAGAGCAUUAUCCGUAGUGACUCCACCCACUACUGUUGCUGCUUCAGUUUCAGUUUCUGCUUCAGCAUCAGCAUCAGCAUCAGCAUCAGCUUCUUCUUCCUCACAACCUCCGUCUGUUCCAACAAACGAACUAGCUCCUCUUGAUACCGUGGCAAGUACUGCUUCCUUCUCAUCCUCCAACCCUUUGAUUGUGACAGAUGAGUACAAUUGGAAAGAAACAAUUUUAGAUAAUGUCCACAGAAUGCCCAAUAUGACGUUUGAGGAUCACGUGCUUCCCAAAUCAGUCGAGAUCAAGAUUUAUUAUACCAAGGAUGUUGGCGAAGUUAACAAACAACCAGAGAUGAUUGAUCCGUCACUCUUUGAGUAUAAGCAAGGCGACUUGUUAAACGGGUACGUCACAAUCAAAAACACCUCAAGUAAACCAAUAAACUUUGAAAUGUUCUACUUAUUAUUUGAAGGAAACUUUAUGGUUUCAAAUACAAAAGACGUUAAGGACCCGAUCCCAGUAAAAAUCCAACGAUUUUUGGAAAUGUUUGACUUUUAUGGCAGUUGGAACGAGGCGCAUAUCAAUCGGCUAAAGACAGAUUGCGAAGAUCUAUUCCAUGGAUGCGUUGGAGAUGUAAUAGAUCCUUUAGAUGGAUCAUAUUUAUAUUUUUGUCCCAAGAGAGAAUUAGUGCCCAAAAGAACCUACAAGAGAUUUUUCUCAUUUCGCAUUCCUCAUAAGCUAUUGGACUGUGUAUGCAAUGAGCACAAUUUGUCACUGCACGUAGAAUUGCCACCCACAAUUGGAUUAUCCAGAUGGGAAUUGCGUCAUUACCCCGAGAGGGCCAAAUCAAAAUUACAAGACCUUUCACUUUACGACUCUUCAGUCUCAUAUGGUGUUAUGGCAAGAUUUAUUGGUCGAAAGUCGAAAUGGGAACGAGAGUUUGGAAAAUUUGAACCUCCUAGAAGAGAAGAAGAUGCCAAGUUGGUCAACUCAACUGGUGAUGAAUACAUCAUUUUGAAAGAAAGAACAAACUAUAUUCGUGUAGUUGCUGAAACCAACUUGCAUAGCGAGCUGGAAAAAUUAAUGAAGAAAGUGGAAAACAAGUUGCUAUUUGAAAAUUUGCUUGCCAGAGUUGCAGAGAGAAUUGAACAUGGCAAGCGAAUGUUGAAGGUUUUGGAGUCCAGCAGCAACACACCAAUAUUUUCCCAAGAAACCGAUCUUCUUCCACUGUUGACACAAACUGAAAUUAACGCAGCAAAAUGCAGGCAACUAUACAAACCCGAUGUUGAACAUGUGCGAGACAUAAAGUCAAAGAUUAACCGCGAUGAUAAUUAUGAGGUUGUGAUACCAUAUGUGAAAAGGUCUUUGACAGGAGAUAAGAUAUUGGGUGCUAUAGACAUGACCACUCCCAAAGCAGAGUACCAUCUCGACUAUAUCCCACCAUUAAAGUUUCGUGAUGGCGUAGAACUUCUGACUGCUUUAAAUGUGAACCCUUGUUGGAAGUUAAAUGUACCAAUUAGUUUAACUGUUACCGAUAGUUCAAAGAGCAAAUCAUUCAAACCAGUCAUGAUUAAGGAAAUUUCCGUUGAGUUGGUUGCGCAGACCCUCAGGUCGGCAAAAAAACCAAUUGCAGUUGAAUUGAACCACGACUUGAUGUUCAACAAGGCAACAAACAACCAUCGUUGUUUCGAUGAUAAAGACACUUUCCGAGAAAAUGUUGUUAAGCCAUUACAGUUUCAAGCAAAUGAACUCUACCAGUUAUCGAAAAAAAUAGGUCUCGACUCGUUUCGUAUUGAAAGACAGCUUGUCGAUGAUAUUAAAUCCAUUUGCCAACUAGAAGAAAAAGCAAUGAAGUUGACAAUAAAUGAUGUUAAAGUCAACAAUAAACAAUUCAAUUCUAAAGAUAUCACAUGGGAAGUCGACCCUCUGCAAACCACGGGGUCAGUAAAGGCUUCUACUAAAUUAAAUUUGUCAUUAAAUUUGGAUACCAUGAAGGUAAAAGGUUGUCCAAUGGGUGGUAAGAACUUUAAAAUAUAUAAUGUUGUUAACUUAGUGCCUAAUUUCCAAUCCUGUUAUAUGAGCAGGUCCUAUCACUUGAGCAUCACUGUGAUGUUUUCAAACAACGAUUGUGCAAGAGUCAAGGUCCCAGUAUUUAUCGACAAAGUCGAUAUGGAAUAA